UAUCGUAGAAGAUGGAAAGUGGAUUACCCUUGCUUAAUUGUCUCUUGCAGCAGACUCUCAGAAGCAUUUGCACUUCUCCCUCUUCUUCUAAGUGGGUAUAUGCUGUCUUCUGGAGGAUAUUACCUCGUAACUUUCCUCCUCCGAGGUGGGAGUUUGGAGGAACUUCUCUUGAUCGCUCCAAAGGAAACAAGAGGAACUGGAUCCUUGUAUGGGAAGAUGGGUUCUGUGAUUUUAACGAAUGCGAGCAAAGGAAGAGCGGUUACUUGAACGGUAGGUUUGGAGCUGACGUAUUCUUCAAAAUGUCGCAUGAGGUUUACAAUUAUGGAGAGGGAUUACUAGGAAAAGUUGCCGCAGAUAAUAGUCACAAAUGGGUUUAUAAUGAGAAUCACAAUGAGUGUGAAUCUAGCUAUAUUGCUCCAUGGAAUGCUUCUGUCGAGCCACAACCAAAGGCGUGGGAGAUUCAGUUCAAUUCGGGUAUUCAGAGUAUUGUCAUAAUUGCGGUUAGAGAAGGCGUAGUGCAAUUGGGUUCAUUUAACAAGAUUGCAGAGGAUCUGAAUCUAGUGAUCAGCAUACAAAGAAAAUUCAGCUACCUUCAAAGCAUACCGGGUGUGUUCGGUAUUCAAAGACCGUACCUACCCAUCCAACAUCCAUACAUUGUGAAGCCCAGUUUCAUAGAAAGCAAUGGAAUGGUUCUAUCUACCUACGACAUGAGCCAAGUAACAGGAGUCAACAAAGUGGUUGACGAAAGAUCUAAUUUUUCUUCCAUGAUAGCUAUAGAUUUGGAGUGGAACCCUUCUCAAAAUGGAGCAACAGGGGCACCUCUUUGGUCAGCCCCUCCUUUGCCAACCAUGCCUUGCAGUUUUGGAGCUAUGCUAUCGAAACUACCACCCCAUAAUUCCACACAAGCACCUGAAGCCGUGAUUCAAAGCAAUGGCGAGAGAGUGAAGAUUGAGGAGUGCGAGUUUCAUCAUACCUAUGAUGGUGAUCAUAAAGGAAAGGGUGUGGAAAAGAUACUACUGAAGCUGCUACUAAGUUAAUAGAGUGUACAAUAAUAAUUGAAACUUAAAGGGGAAAUAAUUUGCAAUUAAGAUCCUUAACUUAAUACUCUGUAGUCAUCAUGGAUCCUAUGAUAGCGAAGGAAGAAUGGCAUUAAAGAUUAGAAUGGAGUGGUGGGCCGGGCUUGACAACGUGGCCUAUCCUUUGAAAUGUGGUGUUCCAUCUUGUGGGCCUGUGUUGAAAACGAAAUGAAACAAGACAGUGAUAAUUGAAGUCAGCAACUCAACGUCAAGCUGCUCUGGGCGACAAUUAGUAUUUGAAGCCAUGGUCCCCACUGUUACCCUACUCUACUGUUCCUUGUACCACUCAACCUUAGACAAUUACAUUUCCCAAUUCUCGUCUUCUUCCACAGAUAUUAUCGUUUCCACAUUCUAGUUUUACCUGCAACUUUGUAAUAGAUUUUUUUUAUUUUUUUAGUUUCUUAACUUAGAUUUCUUUUUAAUAUCCAAAACUAUUCAAUUUCAU